AUGCCUGAUUUAUUCGAUAAUUUCUUUAACAAAUUAAAUACUAAAAUAAACGGUGGUAAAACUACUCAUCAUUAUGGUGGUGCAAGUCAAGUAAAUACCGGAAGUUUCUAUAGUUAUCAUUCUACUGCUAAUAAUAAUAACUAUUGGUUACCAAAAGAUAAAAAAGAAGCUGGUGUUGGAGUGACUUCUGAUAUGGAUGAUACCCCAAGAUCAAGAUUUAAUAGUGUUUCAUCAGAGAAGUAA